CUCCCUCCUCGUUAUUUCAAGCAAAGCAUCAAGCAAGUGCCGACCAACCAUCAACCACCAAGCAAGCAAUUCAAAGAAGUCCACCAGCAACAGUCAAAUCCCACAUCCAACACCUCAUCAUCCAAACACCUCACACAACCACAGAGCUGCGAUGUGGGAGGUGAUGCUGGCUGCAGCGUGCUGCUGUGGGUGGGCUUCGUCGCCCCGGCAACAGGCAAAGCUUGACCUCAAGAACAGCCUGCUGGUGGCCGUGCACGGCAGCAGCAGCGCACAUGAAGGCGCGGGUGUUCCGCUGAAGCAGCACAGCAAGUCGUUUGUGAUCGGCGUCAACGCCGCCUGUCGACCUGAUGGUGCCCGCGCUGCCGCUGCUCGAUGCACUGAACGCAUCCGCCACAGCCAUGCCCAGUGGCCCUGCCGACCUCACUGCGCUUGCGUCCGUCGAUGACCUGACCAGGUGCUUUGCGCACCACUUUGCGCAGGGCGCUGCGGCCGAGCGCUUCUUUGCCGACGCUGAAGUCUUCAACGCCAUUGUCAGCGCUGCGAGGUCCCUUCCGCAGACGGUGGCUUUCACCGGCGGCAACGCCGCCCUCAUGGCGGACUUCCUGGCAGCAGCAGACACGCGGGAGCACCGGCACGAGGUGAUUCUUGCGGCCAGGGUGGGCCCGCGGCUGAAGCAGCUGCUGCGCCCGGGAAUCACCGUCCCAGACGAGUUUCUCGACGAGGCCGACGAGUACCACGUGAUCAUGGAGUACCAUCGCGGGGACCAGUGGGGCGAGGCGACGGCCCCGCAGGCAAACCGGUUCAUCUUCUCCCAUGACCGCACCAACGCUGAGCUGCGUGCCGUGCCCACGCUUCACAAGCUAGUCAAGGAAGACAGCGGGACCUUGCACGGUACUCAGCACACCUACGUUAUCUCGGGCGUGCACAUGCUUGAAGGGCAGACCCCAACCGCCCAGGGCAUGGCCAUCAGGCGGCUUGAGCGGAUGCUGACAUCUCUGCCGCCGCAGGCGCCCGUCCACCUUGAACUCGCCAGCAUCAGCGAUGCGACGCUGAUGCGGCUUGCGGCAGCCCACCUCCUCCCGCGCGUCACCUCUCUCGGGCUCAACGAGCAGGAGCUUGCCUUCCUCCUCACCCACUUUGCGCACAGCAGUAGUGGUGGCGAUAGCGACAACAGUGGUGAUGACAGCAAACCGACGACGUCAGCGCGGGUGCUGCUCACGCAGCCGCUGGAAACAAUUCGGCAGCUCAAGCACAUCUUCGCAAGACUUGGGCCGGACAGCCGGCUGAGCCGCAUCCACUUCCACUGCCUCACCUACCACCUCAUCGCCUCCCAUCAAGGCCACUGGACGGGUGCUGGGACGGCGGCCGCUGCGGGGUCGCUCGCUGCCUCCCGCCGCGCAUGCGAAGAUCCACACAUCAACGUCGCCUCAUUCGACAUCCUCCUCCCGCCAAACACACCCAACACCAACACGUGGCUGCACCGCAACGCCGUGUCCGUCAAGAAGGAGCGCAUCUAUGAGUUUGCUGUUGCGCCAGUGCUGGUGUGCAAGCGGCCGACAAAGACGGUUGGCCUUGGCGACACAAUCUCCGCUGCAGGGCUCGAAUACUCUGCAUACCGCCCGUAGCCUCACACGACAACGGGGG